AUGCCGCCUCGAGGAAACCGUAUCCAACGCCGUGACAAGCCGGGCGUGGCUGCACUCCGCGCCAGCCAGCGCCUGCAGGAGCGACCGGAUUUUCUGGUCCCGAAGCUAGCUUUCCUGCGACUGGUCAAAGAGAUUACCCAAAACGAGUGGACCGAGGCCUACCUGAUCAACCUUUUCUCAGAGACUCAAGAGGUUGCUGCUGCGUACAAGCGCGUUACGAUCAAGCAGGACACUACAAUGGCGGAAACCCGAGAAGACUUUCCUAACAAGGAUUUUGCGGAGCUGCAGGCCACCCUCGAAGUACUCGACUUGUCACUCGCUCAGGAAGCCGCCCGAGGUCAACGUCGCAAGAAGCAGGAAAACUCAAAGUCCAAGACCGCCCAAGUACCUACCAUCGAAGAAGCCGAAGCCGAAGUAGAGGAACGCCUCAAGAGUGUCAUGGAGAGUCCGUUGAACCAGAACCCGCCACCGGGUUAUCACCAGUCCUUGAUGUACCUCUCCAACAAAGACCCCAAGGCGAGAAGAGCGCUCCCGCACAUGCGCCGCCUGUGCAAGGCACUCGAGGACGGACUCGCUAAAGACGAAUAUCUCGACAAUGACGAAAUCGAAAAGCUUCUUCGUGCCACCAUCAAGGCGCUGUCUCCUGGCCAUCCCUACCUCUACCCGGUGCAGGAUGAAGGGGAAGACGACGAAGCAGGAGAUGGCGAUGGCGAUAAAACCCAAGAAUCGGACACAGUUCAGUUCAAGAGAAGCGGAACACUUGCCAACGCGUUGACCAAGCCCGUCAACCACGUCGAUCAGGUGCUCGAGAACGCUUUCGAUGGGUUGGACGGCGACGAAGAAGACGACCAGGAAGACGAGGGAGACGAGGACGGCAAGGGCACCGGUGGUGAUAAUGAAGAUGGACAAGCUAGUGCGGUUGUGGGCGAGGAAGGGUGA